CACAGAGCCAUCCAUUGUAUCAAAUCGAGACAAUUGCACAAAACGGUGCUCUCGUGUCGCCAUUUGGUCGCCAAAUGUCACUUCUCAGCCAAAGAGUAUAAGGAAGCGCUGGAAGUGCUUGAAUUUGAUUACAACGACAGUAAAGCGAUGGACAUCACCGGUGGUGAGAGAGAAGAAGAUAAUAAGUGGAAGAGUGGAAUCGCUUUACUCAAGGGUCAGAUCUAUGAGGCCUUAGACAACCGCAUGAUUGCCAUCAACUGCUUCAAAGAGGCGCUCAAAUACGAUGUCUUCUGUUACGAAGCCUUCUAUUCAUUAACUCAACACCAGAUGCUCACCAGAAGUGAAGAGGAGGAGAUCAUCACUUCGCUAGACUUCACGAGUCAGUGCACCAAAGAUGAGACCAAUUUCGUGAAGUUCUUAUACGAAUCGCAACUCAAAAAGUAUGACAAACCGGGAGACAUAACAGUUCCC